AUGCAUCUUUAUAAUCUGACCUUGCAAGGUUCGUCAGCGAUCAACCAAGCCAUUCACGGCUCGUUCUGUGGUCUUCCAAAACAACAGGAAGUAUGUGUGGCUCGCGGUAAUUUGUUGCAGUUACUCUUCUGUGAUCCAAAAACUGGCAAAAUUCAUGUGUUAUGCAGUCAUAAUGUAUUCGGAAUUAUACGUUCAUUACUAUCGUUUCGACUCACCGGAGGCACAAAAGAUUACAUAGUGAUAGGAUCAGAUGCAGGUCGUAUAGUGAUACUGGAGUAUAAUCCACAGAAGGUAUGUUUCGAGCGAGUGCAUCAAGAAACGUUCGGUAAAACUGGUUGUAGACGUAUUGUGCCUGGCCAGCAUCUGGCUGUUGAUCCCAAAGGACGUGCAAUCCUUAUCGGUGCAAUCGAACGUCAAAAGUUGGUGUACGUAAUGAAUCGAGACGCUGCAGCCAACCUCACGAUCAGCUCCCCUCUUGAAGCACAUAAAAGUCAUUGUCUUUGCUACCAUAUUGUUGGUGUCGAUGUGGCUUUCGAGAAUCCAACUUUCGCGUGUUUAGAAGUGGAUUAUGAGGAUGUGGACCAUGAUCCGACUGGGCAGUUGGCCUCAAAGAUACCUCAGACGUUAACAUUCUACGAACUGGAUCUUGGUUUGAAUCAUGUGGUACGUAAAUAUGCUGAGCCUUUGGUCGACAAGGGAAAUCUUCUCAUAUCUGUGCCUGGAGGACAAGAUGGUCCGAGCGGAGUGAUCGUUUGCUGUGAGAACUAUUUGGUGUUCAAGAAUUUGGGUGAUCAACCUGAUAUUAAAUGUCCGAUUCCGAGAAGACGGAAUGAACUAGACGACUGCGAUCGUUCGGUGAUAAUCGUUUGUACAGCGACACACAAAACUAAGUUGAUGUAUUUCUUCUUGGUACAAACCGAUCAGGGAGAUGUGUUCAAAGUGACGUUAGAAAGUGAACACGACAUCGUGACGGAAUUGAAGAUCAAAUACUUCGAUACAAUUCCAGUGGCGAAUGCGAUGUGCAUCCUCAAAACUGGAUUUCUGUUCACAGCUGGUGAAUUCGGUGAUCAUAAUCUGUAUCAAAUCGCACAUUUGGGUGAUGAAGACAACGAACCUGAGUAUUCAUCACGGAUGCAAUUGGAUGAAGGCGAAACGUUCUUCUUUGCACCGAGACAACUCAUCAAUCUGGCGUUGGUUGAUCAGAUUGGUAGUCUAUCACCGCUCAUCAACUGUCACAUCGAAGAUUUAGCAAACGAAGAUGCUCCGCAACUGUACACUCUGUGUGGAAGAAGUUCGCGAUCAUCGUUGAAAGUGCUGAGGAAUGGUUUGGAAGUGACCGAAAUGGCUGUCUCUGAACUACCCGGCAAUCCGAAUGCCGUUUGGACGGUUAAGAGGAAUAUCGAUGAUAAAUAUGACUCGCAUAUCGUGGUGUCGUUCGUGAACGCCACUCUGGUGUUGUCGAUUGGGGAAACAGUUGAAGAGGUCACCGAUUCCGGAUUUUUGGGUACAACUCCGACUCUGGGCUGUGGGCUGAUUGGAGAUGACGCUUUGCUUCAGGUAUAUCCAGAUGGGAUACGUCACAUUCGUGCCGAUCGACGUGUAAAUGAGUGGAAAGCACCCGGAAAGAGAACCAUCAUGAAAUGUGCGUUGAAUAGGAGACAGGUGGCGAUUGCUCUGGCUGGUGGAGAAAUCGUUUAUUUCGAAUUGGAUGUGAAUGGUUGCUUAUUGCGAACAACUGUCGAUCAAGUGACUGGUGAAUUGACGGAUAAUCGAAGUCGGUAUUUGGGUACGAGAUCAGUGAACUUGUUCCGAGUGAGAAUACAGGAUAAAGAUGCGAUAAUGGGUGCGUCAUCACGAGCCUGGUUGCUGUACAAUUAUCAGAGUAGAUUCCACUUGACACCACUCUCGUAUAUCGCUUUGGAGUACGCUGCUGGCUUUUCCUCAGAGCAGUGUCCUGAGGGAAUUGUGGCGAUUGCCGAUAACACGUUGAGAAUCUUGUCACUGGAGAAGUUGGGUGCAGUUUUCAACGAGACAGUGCAUCCGUUGAAAUAUACACCGCGUCGAAUGUUGAUUCAUAAAGCGUCAGGAAAUUUGAUCGUUAUUGAAACGGAUCAUGCAGCGUUCACUGAGAAUGGAAAACAACAACGACGCAAACAGCUGGCGAAUGAGUUGAUGGAGUUGGCGAAAGAAGCCGACGAGGGGGAUGAAGAGGCAGUGAAGGAGAUGGCCGACUCGAUUCUGAACGAAAGCGUUGACGAGAGACAAAUGGGUGCACCCAAAAACCAGAAAGCCAAAUGGGCGUCAACGAUUCGUAUAAUGCGCAGUUCUGAUGGAGAAACGUUAUCAUUGUUGCCGUUAAAUGAGGAUGAGGCGGCGUUUUCACUUGCGAGUGUGCAAUUCCAAAACCAGUCGGAUGCACAGUUCAUAUUGGUGGGGUGUGCGAUUGGAUUGCAAUUGAAGCCACGUAAAUCGAAAGGCGGUUGUAUCUACACGUUCCUGUUGACCGAAAACGGUUCGAAACUUGAGUUCGUACAUCGUACACAAACUGAUGAGGUAGUGAACGCAAUUCACGAUUUCCGUGGUAUGGCGCUGGUUGGUGUGGGACGGAAAGUACGUUUGUAUGAUCUGGGAAAGAAGAAACUACUUGCGAAGUGCGAGAACAGGGUUAGUUAA